AUGGCUGUGGUUGAGGUUUCCUUCAGCGCGCGCUCACAUGAGCACCACACAGUGGUGGUCUCCCACUCCCAUGGUGACCUGAGGGAGGGAAAUCGGUUUCAGGAGGAACUCUCCACAGCAUGUCAGUCAGGCUCCUUCAAGCCGUCCCAGGGCGACGACUCGUGCAUCCAGUGUCCAAUCAACAGCCGCACUACCAGCGAGGGCGCCAUCAACUGUGUGUGCCGCAACGGCUACUACCGCGCAGACUCGGACCCCCUACAGAUGCCCUGCACCACCAUCCCGUCGGCGCCACAGGGGGUCAUCUCCAGUGUGAACGAGACGUCGCUGAUGCUGGAGUGGCGGACGCCGCGCGAGUCCGGCGGCCGCGAGGACGUCGUCUACAACAUCAUCUGCAAGAGCUGCGGCGGAGGCGGCGGUCGCAGCGGCGGCUGCACGCGCUGCGGCGACAACGUCCAGUACUCGCCCCGGCAGCUGGGCCUCACCGAGACGCGCGUCCACAUCAGCGACCUGCUCGCGCACACGCAGUACACCUUCGAGGUGCAGGCGGUCAACGGCGUGUCGGACCAGAGCCCGUACUCACCGCAGUACGCGUCAGUCAACAUCACCACCAACCAGGCCGCUCCGUCUGCGGUCUCCAUCAUGCACCAGGUCAGCCGGACUGUGGACAGCAUCACUCUCUCAUGGUCCCAACCUGACCAGCCCAAUGGAGUCAUCCUGGACUAUGAGCUUCAGUACUAUGACAAGGAGCAGUCGGAGUAUAACGCCACCGUCCUGCGCAGUCAGACCAACACAGCGGUCAUCCGCGGUCUGAAGUCCGGGGCUAUCUAUGUGUUCCAGGUGCGGGCCCGCACUGUGGCCGGAUUUGGACGCUACAGCGGCAAGAUGUACUUUCAAACCAUGACCGAAGCGGAGUAUAACAGCAGCAUCCAGGAGAAGCUUCCUCUUAUCGUGGGCUCAGCUGCUGCCGGUUUGGUCUUUCUCAUCGCAGUGGUUGUCAUCGUCAUUGUAUGUAACCGUCGGGGCUUCGAGAGGGCCGACUCGGAAUACACGGACAAGCUCCAGCACUACACCAGCGGCCACAUGACUCCAGGAAUGAAGAUAUAUAUCGAUCCGUUCACCUACGAGGACCCCAACGAGGCCGUGCGAGAGUUCGCCAAGGAGAUCGACAUCUCCUGCGUCAAGAUCGAGCAGGUCAUCGGCGCCGGUGAGUUUGGCGAGGUGUGCAGUGGUAACCUGAAGCUGCCGGGUAAGAGGGAGAUGUUUGUGGCCAUCAAGACGCUCAAGUCGGGCUACACGGAGAAGCAGAGACGGGACUUCCUGUCGGAGGCCAGCAUCAUGGGCCAGUUCGACCACCCCAAUGUCAUUCACCUGGAAGGCGUGGUCACCAAGAGCAGCCCUGUGAUGAUCAUCACCGAGUUCAUGGAGAAUGGCUCGCUAGACUCCUUCCUCAGGCAAAAUGACGGGCAGUUCACGGUGAUCCAGCUGGUGGGCAUGCUGCGCGGCAUCGCCUCGGGCAUGAAGUACCUGGCCGACAUGAAUUACGUGCACCGCGACCUGGCCGCCCGCAACAUCCUGGUCAACAGCAACCUGGUGUGCAAGGUGUCCGACUUCGGGCUCUCGCGCUUCCUGGAGGAUGACACGUCUGACCCGACCUAUACCAGCGCCCUGGGCGGUAAGAUCCCGAUCAGAUGGACCGCUCCCGAGGCUAUCCAGUACAGGAAGUUCACCUCGGCCAGCGACGUGUGGAGCUACGGCAUCGUCAUGUGGGAAGUGAUGUCGUACGGCGAGAGGCCCUACUGGGACAUGACCAAUCAGGACGUGAUCAACGCCAUCGAGCAGGACUACCGGCUGCCACCGCCCAUGGACUGCCCCAGCGCGCUGCACCAGCUCAUGCUGGACUGCUGGCAGAAGGACCGCAACAACCGGCCCAAGUUCAGCCAGAUCGUCAACAACCUGGACAAGAUGAUCCGCAACCCCAACAGCCUCAAGGCCAUGACCCCGCUCUCCUCAGGUGUUCACCUGCCUCUGCUGGACCGCAGUGUGCCCGACUUCUCCAGUUUCAGUACAGUGGACGAGUGGCUGGACGCCAUCAAGAUGGGCCAGUACAAGGACAACUUUGCCAACGCAAACUUCACCAGCUUUGACGUGGUCUCCCAGAUGACCAUGGAGGACAUCCUGCGGGUAGGCGUGACGCUAGCUGGCCACCAGAAGAAGAUUCUGAACAGUGUACAGAUGAUGCGGGCGCAGAUGAACCAGAUCCAAUCAGUGGAGGUCUGAACGCCCCUCCAGCCAGCCGUCAGCCAAUCACAGAAGGACUCCCCGCCCCCUGGCCCGCCCAUUAAUGGAUUGGGUGUGGUUGGGUGGGUGGGGACGCCUCUCGUCAUGAUGGAAAAAAAAAUAGUAAAAAUCCCCCUACACCAGUCUUCCCAUUGACCCUGGUUCAAGGGGGAACUUCUUCCAGUUGCAACCUUUAACUCUUUCCCCCACACAUUUUAUUUUUCUGAAAUUCAAACCCCCCCUCCCGAGCCCCUUUCCCCUCAGCAUAACUUCCAUCCCCUGCUCUGUAAGCAGUUGUGGAGAAUAGGGGUAGGUGGAAGAGGGGUCCCCCAUCUGACUCGGUGCUCAUCAGCACGGCCAUCAACUAGUGACAGUUUUUUUUUGCGACUUCCAUCCUCUCCAAAAGAAAACAUCCUUUAAGCGUUGUCUGUUUCUUCCCCUCCUCUUUUACGGAUUGUUAAUCCAUUAAUUUUUUGUUUUUCCUCCAAAUUUUGUACAAAAUUUUGUAUUGAAAAUGAGAAAAGCUACCAGAACAUGAUGAAUCUAUAUUAAUCAAUAUAGAUGGUGUAAAAUUGUAAAGUAGGUGAACUGAAUCACAAGGCUUCCCUUUAAAAGGGCAAUGGAAAUAAACAUUGGAAAGAUUUGCGGCAUGAAGUGUGUAUGUGUGUGGGGGAGGGGGUCCAUCACCGGCCCCCCUGCGAACAGUUUGAAGACUUUCAUUAUUAUAUUUUAUUGUGGAAAUGAACUGUGGGUCUGUUGGCUGGACAAGCUACAGGCCCCCAGUGACGCUUCUUCAGUAGACAUGAGAGAGAAACGAAUGGUACACCAUGAGAUGGAAGUUCCUUUUGGGCAGGAACCACUGCCACUGAGAAAAUUGCAGGAACUAUUUGCAAAUUUCCAACACAUGAACUCUUGAGAACAACAACUACAACAACAACAAAAAAUAUCAGCAAACAAACAAACAACAAGUAUGUCUUCGUCCUAACCAACAACAACUUUGACAGUGUUUAAAUUUGUGAUGAUUUCAUUAUUCCUUUCACCGCGGAGGGGACACACACACACACACACA